AUGCUCUCCCGCUUCCUGUCGAUGCUCUCACGUGUUCUCCUGUUUGUUACUGCUCGCCUGAACCGCACGCGGCACCACGAUUGCAGCGUGUACGGCGGCGCGGGCGCCGAGGUCGCUCCUCCGUCUCAGGCGGCGCUGGUCCAGCGCGGAAUCCGGCCGGAGUCGCUGCCGCGGCACGUGGCGGUGGUGAUGGACGGGAACAGACGAUGGGCGCAGGCGCGCGGACUGCUGACGGCGAAGGGCCACGAGGCUGGCCGCCGUGCGCUGGAGCUCACGAUGGAGGUGGAUUACCUGAUGGGGAUGAUGGAGCAGACGAUCCGUGACAACCUGGACGAGUAUGUGAGGAACGGAAUUCGGCUUCACGUCAUCGGCGACCCCUCAAGGCGGCCGUCUUCUCUGCAGAACACUAUUCAGGAAGCCGAGGAGAUGACUAGGAACAACUCGCAGCUCCACCUGAUUGUGGCGACCUGCUACAGCGGGCAGUGGGACAUCGUGCAGGCGUGCAGAGCGCUCGCCGGGGAAGUGCAGCGCAAGACACUCAGGCCGGAGGACAUCGACGAGGCGAUGCUUGCGAGCAAGCUCGCCACAAGCGUCGCCGGAGUCGAGUUCUCGUGCCCCGACCUGGUCAUCAGAACCAGCGGCGAGCUGAGGCUGAGCAACUUCUUGAUGUGGCAGUCCGCCUACUCUGAGCUCUACUUCACCGACGUGAUGUGGCCUGAUUUUGGGGAGACCGAGUACCUGCAGGCGCUGAGCUCAUUCCAGAGCAGAGAACGGCGGUUUGGUCAGAGAAAUGCUUAA